AUGUCACCAGGAUGGAAUAACGCGUGUCUUGAUAUCUUACUCAAGCGAGUACGCUCGCGUGCGUCCCACACUUGCCGUGCUACAUUCAGCACCUCGACCCGUUCUUCUGCGGCACCGGGUUCCAAAGGCGUUGACCUCCAAGAAUUCACUCCGGACUCAAUUCGAAACUUCUCUAUUAUUGCUCAUAUCGACCAUGGAAAGUCUACGCUCGCCGACAGGCUUCUCGAGCUUACAGGCACCGUCCAUACUUCACUCAAAGGUGCAAACCAGCAGUACAUGGACAAGCUCAAAGUCGAGCGAGAGCGCGGAAUCACAGUGAAGGCACAAACCGCUAGCAUGUUCCACGAGCACGAAGGCAAGAAGCAUCUUCUGAACCUCAUCGACACACCCGGUCAUGUUGACUUCUCGUGGGAGGUCGCGCGUUCAAUGGCGGCAUGUCAAGGCGCGCUGCUUCUGGUAGAUGCGACCCAAGGCGUGCAGGCCCAGUCUCUAUCCGUCUUCCAUACGGCUCGUGAACGCGGGUUAGAGAUAAUUCCGGUGAUGAACAAGAUAGAUCUUCCAGCGGCGCAGCCAGAACGAAUAGCCGCUCAAAUAGAGGCGACCUUUGGCAUCGAUCCCCGUCUCAUUCUUGAGAUAUCUGCGAAGACUGGUCAAGGUGUUGAGAAAGUCCUGAAGGCAAUUGUCGAACGCAUCCCUCCUCCAUCCGGACAGAUCGACGACCCGUUUAAGGCGUUCUUAUUCGAUUCAUUGUACGAUAAGUACCGUGGCGUGAUAUCUCUUGUGAACAUCCAAGGAGGUACUCUGCGCAAAGGCGAUAAGAUUGCAUCGUGCCACACAAAGAAGCGCUACGAAGUAACCGAAGUCGGAAUUAUGCACCCUGAAGAGGUCUCAACAGGUGAACUCUAUCCUGGUCAAGUCGGUUAUGUUGCUUGCAACAUGAAGCAAUCUUCAGAAGCGCAUAUCGGCGACACUCUUCAUCGCUUCGGCGAACCCGUCAAGCCGAUGGCUGGAUUCAAACCCGCUAAAGCAAUGGUUUAUGCGGGAGUAUAUCCGGUCGACAAUAAUGACUUCGCGAAGCUUGAAGAAUCCAUCAAACGACUCACUCUAACGGACAGAAGCGUAACUGUUGCUCGCGAAUCGUCUUCAGCUCUUGGCCAAGGUUUACGUCUUGGUUUCUUGGGUUCUUUGCACAUGGAUGUAUUUCGGCAAAGACUCGAAGAUGAGUACGAUGCCAACGUUAUCAUCACAGCGCCGACUGUGCCGUACAAAGUCGUCUAUCGCGAUCGCGAAGUCGUCGUUAGCAACCCGACCGACUUCCCCGAUCUCGCCGACGGGACGAAUAGAGUAAAAGAAGUUCAUGAGCCGGUGGUCCGCGCCACAAUCAUCGUGCCAGAUGACUAUCUCGGGGAGAUGAUGGAACUCUGCUUCAACCAUCGCGCAGACGAGCUGGACCACAAGUAUCUUGACGCGGGCGACGGUGCGUCGGCCCGUGCGAUGAUGACCUGUAUACUGCCACUGGCAGAGAUCGUCACCGAUUUCUUUGAUCGGUUGAAGAGCCGCAGCUCCGGCUUCGCUAGCUUUGACUAUGAAGACGCGGGUUACCGUAAGAGCGAUCUAGCGAAGAUGACCUUCCUAUUGAACGGGCAGACGGUGGACGCGCUCGCAUUGGUUAUCCAUCGCUCACAAGAACAACGAAUCGGACGCACCUGGGUCAAGAAGCUUCAUAAAAUCAUCCCGCGGCAGCUUUUCGAGGUGCCUAUCCAAGCUGCUGUUGGCAAGAAGAUCAUCGCCCGCGAGACACUCUCCGCGAUGCGCGCGGAUGUGACGGCCGGCUUGUACGGAGGUCAUUAUGAACGCAAGAUGAAACAUCUGGAGAAUCAGAAGGAGUCAAAGAAGAGGAUGAAGCGGGUUGGGCGCAUCGAUCUACCGCAAGAGGCAUUCUUCAAUAUCUUGAGCACGCAGACGUGA